UUCUUACAACACGGUUCUUCCCUGGAUUGGCCGCCACUCGCAAUCCGUGCAUUUGGCCGUGGGGCCUAAGGCGGUGGCAAACGCGGAAAUUCAGCAGAAUCCAAGUGCGAUCGAACCUCUCGCCAUCUUUUUCCCAACCUCUAUCCUGCGCGACUGGGCGGGUGCCAAAGACCAGAUCCGAGAAAUUCCGGCGUGGUUGCGGGAGGUUUUCGCGGCUACUCGAGGGACUGACUGUGGAUCGGAGCCGGGCUCUAUUGUGAAAGUCUGGGAAGAUGUUUCUUAUAGACUGGUUUUAUGGAGUGCUCGCGUCCCUGGGCUUGUGGCAGAAGGAGGCCAAAAUCUUGUUUUUAGGGCUCGACAACGCUGGAAAGACGACGCUUCUGCAAAUGCUAAAGGAUGAGAGAUUGGUUCAGCAUCAACCAACGCAGCAUCCAACAUCGGAGGAGCUUAGCAUUGGGAAGAUUAAGUUUAAGGCGUUUGAUCUGGGCGGGCACUUGAUCGCUCGCCGAGUCUGGAAGGAUUAUUACGCCAAGGUGGACGCUGUCGUUUUCCUGGUAGAUGCUGCAGACAAAGAGAGAUUUGCAGAAUCGAAGAAGGAGCUGGACGCGCUGCUCUCAGAUGAUUUGCUAGCAAAUGUACCAUUCCUGAUCCUGGGGAACAAGAUUGACCUUGUAUAUGCAGCAUCAGAGGAGGAGCUCCGCUUCCACCUCGGUCUCAGCAACUUCACUACAGGCAAAGGCAAGGUCAACCUCGUGGACACCAAUGUCCGACCACUAGAGGUGUUCAUGUGCAGCAUUGUACGCAAGAUGGGUUAUGGUGAUGGCUUCAAGUGGAUAUCACAGUACAUCAAGUAGAAGUGGCUGAUGCUGCUUCUGCUCUGAAAUCACUUUUGCUUGUGAUGAUUCUCCUGCUCCUAAGUCGAUUGUUAAGCCAGGUAUUUUUAUUUGCAUUCUUACCUACUCUUCUAUUAGCUCAUUUGUUCCAUACCCUUUUGUCAUCUGGUCUUGAAAAUAAAGACAUGGUUAAAUAUUUGGUUUAGCAGCCCUUGCUUGGCUCAGGAGGAAGCUUUGUAAAGUAGUGUUCGUUUGGAAUGUUAUAGCGAUAUGUUUGUAUUUAUAUGUUUAUAGUAUUGUAAUGUUAUAUCAGUAUUUGCUGCACUAUCACUGUUCAA